CAAAUAUCCACACGAGAGCACCAUCUGAGUCAGUUAAAACAGUCCGGCGAAAAGUUACCGAGCCCCACUUCUUGUCUGAACGUCUGCCAGUGAAGACCGGGAGGGAACCAACUAACAUCACACAAAAUGAGCGACCUCAGCAAGAACGACGUUGAAAGGGCAUCCUUCGCCUUCUCCAUCUACGAUUUCGACGGCAGCGGCAAAGUCGAUGCCUACAACCUUGGCGACAUCCUGAGGGCACUGAACUCGAACCCCACAAUGGCUACUAUUGAAAAGCUUGGAGGCACCAAGAAGAAGGGCGAGAAAAUGCUCUCGCUCGAAGAGUUCCUUCCCAUCUACAGCCAAUGCAAAAAAGACAAAGACCAGGGCUGUUACGAAGACUUCUUGGAAUGUCUGAAGCUGUAUGACAAGAACGAAAACGGUCUUAUGCUCGGCGCUGAGCUUACACACACGCUCCUUGCUUUAGGUGAGAAACUCGAGGACAGUGAAGUAGCAGAAAUCUGCAAGGACUGCAUGGACCCUGAAGAUGAUGACGGCAUGAUCCCUUAUGCAUCUUUCCUUAAAAAAGUAGUUGCGGGUUGGCAAGGUUCUCAACCGGCGGCAGCGCCGGCGGCGGCGGAGGCGGCGCCCGCAGAGGGCUAAGCCCCGGUCCCCGAGCCGCGGCCGCCGCGCCCACACCGACCACAACAUCGCAUCGCCGUACACGCCAUCUCAGUUACGGAAUAACCCUUUUUAUACGAAACAACAAUUUCAAAUAUUUUGUACAAUCUGUUAAUGACUCUACGUAAUGAACUAAGAUUAAAAUGAGUACUGUAUAUACACGUUGUACGUGUCUUUAAAUUUUAUUAUUAUUUAUAAGUACGUUAUAAUGACAAAACACAAAAACCGUAAGUAAUUUUAUAAUAAACUAUUAAAAUUAUUCAUAUUGUGUUAUGUUCGUUAAUCUAUUAUAAAUUUUAAAAUGAUGUAACAAAUAUUCUUAAAUUUGAAUUAACCUUUACAUUUUGUUAAUCGACUAUCAAUGUUUAUAAGGGCCAAAUUUAAAUAAAUAAUCCAAGUAUAAUCCCUCAAA